CGUGAGCGACAACGUUUAAUUAACCCAAUUAGCAAGGCGCAUAUUUUUUGCUUAAGCAAGUAUCUGGUAAAAUCUAAUUAGAAUUUUACAUCAAUGUUUUAUAGUGAUUGGCGAGAUGUAUUUGGUGCCGUUGCUGUGGCUAUCGUGUGUGUUAGCUGGGGCUCAUCCGAAUGAAAACCUUGCGAUAGUAGGAUUCGCGACCCAAUACGGAUAUUCCAUUGAGGUGCAUACUAUCCACACCCCUGACGGAUACAUCCUACAGACCCAUCGGAUAUAUCAGCCUCGCUCUGACAACAAAACCAAGCGCGUAGUUCUAUUAGCACACGGGAUUGCCCACCGAGCCGACUACUUCGUGGUGUCGGGAAAAAACGCCCUGGCAUUUUAUCUGGCUGAAAGGGACUUCGACGUAUGGCUACUAAACGCUAGAGGCACGAAAUAUUCGCGAAGACACGAGAUUUUCGAUCCGGACAAGGACGCGAGGAAAUUCUGGGAUUUUAGCUGGCACGAGAUUGGGGUCUACGAUCUAGCAGAGAAUCUGGACUACAUCCUCUCCAAGACCGCAAGCAACGAGCUCUAUUACGUAGGGCACUCGCAGGGAUGCACGGCACUGCUCGUGUUGCUAUCGGAGCGGCCAGAGGUGAACGACAAAAUCAAAAUGGCAGCGCUGACGGCACCCGCGGCCCACCUGGAACUCAGCGCCUCUCCGUUGUGGUGGCUGGCCGCGGACUCGAGGGAACUUCUAGUGACAUUUUUAAUUACCGCCCAUUGGUACGAACUUCCCAUCCCGAACAGCCCGUCGCUCCACGACUACAUCCGAUCACUUUUGCGCAGUUCUCGAGCGAUGGCAACCAUCGGUACCGAUCUCUACUACUUGUUUUCGGGACCUAAAUCGAACCUGCUCGAACAGGGUAUGAUAUUUGUUCUAGCCGGUUGCCUACCGAGCGGCUUCUCCUUGAGACAACUCGACCAUUAUCUCCAAAUCACCAAGGCAGGGCAGUUUCGACAAUACGAUUUCGGACCACCCAAGAAUCUGAGAAAGUACAAUCGAUCUACACCUCCGCCGUAUAAUCUGUCGAACGUUCGCGCGCCUAUAGCUAUUCUAUACGCCAAGAACGACCCAUUCGCGGGCUUGAAGAGUUCGAAGAAACUGGCCGACGGACUGCCUACCAUAGCACAGUUCUACGAAGUUCCUCGCGAAGAUUUCGGGCAUACGGACUUCGCCUUCGCGAUCAACGCCAAAGAACUCGUCAACGACGUUAUCUACGAGUUGUUUGACAAAAACUAAAAUAGCCUUGUGCUAUGUCGAACCGAUGGCCGAUAUUAUGCACCCAACUCACGAAAACUCCUCAACUUGUAUUCAACAUAGGUCGAAUUUUGCAAGUUCGGGAACAAGUUAUGCAUAAUUAAUUUUUUACGUGCCAACUUACGAUACAAGUCAAAAUGUUAUUUUUGAGCUUGGAGAAAACACCAGUCUAUAUAUUUCACGACAUAGCUCCGCAAAAAUUUCGCACUAAAAUGAAUAGUUUGUUGAAAUAGAAGAAAUAAUAUUGUUAAAAAUUAGUGUAAUAUGUUAUUAGGCUUAUGCCCGUUAAUUGCUCAAUAAAUAAAUAAAUAAAUAAAAUAACGUCACAUUUAAGAUAUAGAUGGCAGCCAGUGGUUGAGAAAAUACGUCAAACCGAUGUCAAAAACCAAGUCAGAAUAACCUCAAAAACUUAAGACAAAUAUUGAAACAUAUGGGAAAUCUUUGAUUCGAUUUAUAUUUUCAAUAUGGCGGUUGUAAAGCUUUUUUGGUCAAAUUUUUGAAAUAACAGAUAGGCGUUUUCAAAAGUUUCCAAGUUUCAAAUUGGAAAAGUUCCUAAUAAGUCUGUACUAAAAAUCGGGGUUAUGAAAUGGCGGACUAGGUUUCCGAUUCGCAUUUUGCGGUUAAAUAGUUUUAUAUGGCAUCAGAAACAAAAUAAUAAUCUAUAUUUACAAAUACAAAAAUCCCAUCCACACCAGUUAAACAACUUUUUUUCAGUCAAAACUGAAUAUGGGAAGUUUUAGAAUUCGUUUACCACAGAUUUCUUGAAAGCGUUAGCAACCGCCAUGAAACCCAAGCAGCAAUGUUAAAAAAUCACCCAAAUCCGACGUCACCUAAGCGACGCACACAGGUUACAUUUGCGUCAUAGUGACGUCAUACAUCGUCUUGGCGCGUUCUUCUACUUGCUAGGGUGCCUGUCCGCUACGUACGUUGAAGAUCAUUCUGAUUGUGAUAAUUUUGUUUGUUGCAAUCCGAAACAGUUAUGUGGAAGACUUGCCAAACCAAGAUUGGCCAGCCAAGUGAGUCUCCUGCGUCCUGGCGCUCUUUUUCUCUGAAGGAUACACUGGAGUAAUUCAUAUUUUUCAUUGUUCCUCACGAUGUAACUCAGGUAUUUGACGAUAUUGACUUUUCCCAUAGAGGUUUUCAUUCUCUGCAACACUUCUGGGUCCUUGGUAUCUUCAAGAUUCUCCUGUACAGUCAGCUUUCAAAGUUUGGACAUUUUUUUACUGUUUUAAGGUCCAUGUCUCCAUACAGAAGAACCGAGUGCACAUAACACUUGAGGAGUCUAGUCUUUAUUUCCAGUGAGAGGUUGUGGCUUUUGAAUACUUGACCCAUAGCUAAGAAAGCACUUUCAGCCUUUCCAAUUCUGCACCAGAUCUCUUGAGAAUUGUCCCAUGAUUCAUUAAUAGUUUUGUCCCAUUGAUGUCUUUGUUACUUAUUACCAUAAGUUUGGUUUUUACCAGUGUUUAUAUUAUAUCAAGUCCAUAUUUGCUGGUCGCUGUAACUUUGUCCAUUAGCUUUUGCAAGCUUUCCAUUGCAAAAGCCAUUUAUGGAGAUACCUUCAUUCAUAUCUUUUGAUUGAAAGUCAGGGGAGAAAUGACACAUCUCAACCUGCUCAGUAUGCUCACAAUCUACCCUGAGAACUGCGAACUGGUUCCAAUAGAUUAGAUUAUUAAAUUAGAUUUUCAGACCUUUUCCCUGGAAUCCAAGCAG